AUGACCGACGGAUGGGAUUUUGACCAGAUAUUCGCGGCUGCGCCCGGUGCAGCGCUUACGUUCGACAUUGGGUUCGGCUCGGGGGAGAGCUUGAUUGAAAUGGCAGCCAUGCGCCCCAAGGAAAACUUCGUUGGCAUAGAGGUGCACAAGCCUGGCGUAGCCGCGGCAUUGGCGCGGCUAGAGGCGGAAGGGCUGCCGAACGUGAAAAUCGCUCAAGGGGACGCGAUAACUGCCCUUGCCGACCACAUCGAAGACUGGAGCCUGAGUUCGUGCUGCAUUUUCUUCCCGGAUCCGUUUCCUCAGGACAGGGAUACGGAGAGGCGAGAAGUCUUGCGACUAGUGCGGCCGCUCCUGUUGAAUCUGCUCGCCUCCAAGCUUCAACCGGGCGGGACCUUGCACGUGGCGACCGAUGUAGACGGCUACGCCAAACACACCGUUCGGGUCAUGUCGACGUGGACGCCCGAGAAGAGGCCAAAGGCCGCGCGGCCGACGUCCUCGACAAUGCGAUCAGGAACAGCAGCGGCAGAGGAUACGGAGCUGGGGUUCCAACAACUUGGAGGUGUACAUCGGGAAGAGCAGAUUCAGGGAGAGGAAUUUGCCGAUGGCAUGCGUGGAGAGCCCCAGCAGCAACAGCGGGCGGGGAGUAACGGAGACAGCACUAGACUUGUUUCGGAGGUGUCGGGGUGUUGGGUGGGAGGGGAGACUGCGGAACGCCCCUCAUGGCGGCCUUUCACCAAGUACGAGGAGAAAGCGCGCGAAGCCGGUAGACGUGUCCGAGAUUUCUCCUACCGGUUAGAGUUGCCAGUAGCCCCUCAUCCGCUACCUCCGCAAGAGGAAGCAGGACUUGAAGCGAAGAUUUCGGCCGGCGCGUGAGCGUGGCGAUUGCGUUGCUCUCAACGCAUCCUUUAGAAGUGCUGGAGACUGCACACGUGCUUCUGGAGAUGGUGGCUGCCCUUUCGUGGCCUUCAAACCAAGUCCUCGGUGUCGCUGGGUGGUGGGAGGAUGCGACGUGCAGG